AUGGGGCGGCCGUCUGUGUUUGUGGUGAUCUUCAUCAUUGUAGCUCACAUUAUCUCUUUCGCGAUGUCUCUUGGGGCGGAGACUCGACGAACAAAGUACUACUAUUGCAAAUACAAGCUAGACAUCGCUAGUGGUCUCGCUGGAGCGGCCUUUGUAUUUAAUCUCCUCUCGUUUCUGUUGAUCAUGGGAAUGACCAAAAUCGUGUUUAUAAUUGCCGAGGCUUGCCUUCUCGCCGGCGUCAACCGCAACCAAAUGAGAACAAAGACGAUAUACUUCCAGGGGCAAAACGUUCCCGACUGUGAGACUAUAAGCAAAGGCAUCUUCUCGGCGGCGGCGGCGUUUACGUUCUUCUGCCUGAUACUGAGCUUAUCUUACUACGUUUCAGCCGCAAAGUCGGAAGAUAGCUAUCCGCUGCCUCCGCGGCCACCGUCGGUCGGGAUGACAAUGUUUCCUCAGCAGCCAUCCGGCCCGAGUCCCUAUGCCUUGUAA